AGUAGGUUAUCUUUACAUUGCUAAUGUUAUUUCUACAUAGAUUUCGACAUGCUGGUGCAACUGCAACAUGUAAACCUGAGAACUACCGCUGUUCUGUUAUUGUCCGUGUUGCGCCACCUGUCGAAAGAUAUAUUCCAGUUAUUGCAGCGUCUUUUUCAAAUGCAGCAUUUCGAGGAAGACUUGUACGCCAGCGAAUGCAGGAAAGUAGGCGAUUGUUUGAAGAAACCUUCAGGGAGAUAGAAUUGAAUUCCUCCAGCACCGUGUGCUGGCCGACUAGCUCUCCAUGCUUCCCAAAAUUUGCAAGUGGUGUCUGUUCAUCAACUCUGCAUGUAGAACUUGAAGAUCAACUCGCUGUGUGUGAGUGCAAUGACUUCGAAGCUGACAACGAUGGAUGUGGAGCGUCUAGUCACCUACACACGUUUGAAAACCAUCAGCAAGAACUUCAAACUUCUGUGCCGGUAAAUGUUGAUAGUGCUCGGCGCAUGGUGCAUAAGGAAGUCCAAGCAUGUGUUUGUGAAGAGCUUAGCACAGAAUGCAACCCAGAAAUUUCUGACAUUCAAUGUGAUGUCAAGAAAGUUCACAUCAGCAGUAUUAUACACGAGAAAUCUACAAGUGCGUCACUUGACAGUAUAAUAUUAGGGAGCAAGGAUGCUACAGGGACAGACUUCCCAGCAAUUGUUGAUGGACAUACACUAGAGCCUUUGGGUGAGAUGCACACUGUCUUUGGUCUUCAUGAUUCAACCCUGGGACAUGUAGACUCUAUAGAUAUAAAUGGUCAUCAUGAGGUGAAAGAGCUAUCCUGCAGUGGAACAGAUGAUGAUCUUGCAAUUGACCUCACAAGUUUGGCAGACCAGGACUCCCUGAUUUCUCUUAGAAGGAACAUUGAGAUGGAGUUAGUAUGGCUUGAACAAGCAAUACAGAGUAGGAAAAAGUAUCUGCGAUUCAAGAAGACGCUAAAAACGUGACACACUAGAGUUUAGAAACUGGUUGUUCGGUUGGAUAACAACUACUGAACACGAGCAAUUCCACGUCAGUGGGAGCAGCACCAAGUACGAGAGACUGCAUUUAGGGCAUUGUAACCACCUCCAAUGCAAUUUAUAAACAUGGCAUAUUAGGGGAAAUCGUUUAUUCGUGUUUACUUUUCUAAUAAAAGAAACUUUGAUAAAAAUA